AUGCCAUUCACGGAAAGCACUGGCCACGAUGCAGCAGCAGGAGCGGGCGUUGCUGAGGGCAGGCAGAGUCAACGGUACGGCACCACAACACCACCUCCCUCGCACUCGCCACAGUCGCCAGCACUGCAGCAGAGCCCGCCGCGCACUGCCCUGAUUCUCUAUGGCUCUGAGACAGGCAAUGCUCAGGAUGUGGCAGAGGAGAUUGGUCGCAUGACUGAACGUCUGCGAUUCGACACGACCGUCCUCGACCUCGACUCGGUCGUGUUGAAAGACCUCUUGCGGCCGACGAUAGUCAUCUUCUCCAUCUCCACCACCGGACAAGGUGAGAUGCCACAGAAUGCCCGCGGCUUUUGGAAGAAGCUGCUCAGCAGCGCCUUGAAGCCGGGCAUUUUCCGUAGACUUCGUUUCUCUUCCUUUGGUCUUGGUGACAGCUCAUAUGCACAGUACAAUGUGGCCCAUCGUCUCGUCUGCGGCCGCCUCACCCAACUUGGAGCACAGAGCUUUUGCGAACGAGGUGAAGGCAACGAACAACAUCCAGAGGGUCACAGUGCGGGCUUUCGUGAAUGGAUCGUGCAGCUCAAGCAGAAGUUAUUGGAAGCAUUUCCUCUGGCCGACGACGUCGAGCCGAUAGCAGAUGACUUCUUUGUCGAGCCCAAAUGGAAGCUUGUGGCACAGCCGGCUGGAGAUGUGCUACAUGCUAACCUGAAUAUCAAUGGCGUGCACAGUACCACGGAUGCAAGCGCAGACUCGGCGGAUGCGGGCCUACCGUCUUCAUCUCUGCUGCCAGUAGUCGGCUCAUAUGCUGCCCAUAUUGAGCACAACGAUCGCAUUACGCCUACGAAGCAUUUCCAGGAUGUGAGACUGCUAGAUCUCCGCGUUGAGGAGCAGGUGACUUAUGGUCCAGGCGCGGUCGCAGUGAUAUAUCCCAAGAACUUCCCGGAAGACGUGCAAGCUUUCAUCGAACUAAUGAAGUGGCAAGAUGUCGCAGACCUUCCGCUGUCGCUCAUUACCAAUCAAGAUAUGUUGAACAACAAGCUCUCCACGCCUUCGCCGUUGCGGAAUUUCAAGUUAUCAGAAGUGAAUCUGACCUUACGAUGGCUACUGGAGAAUGUACUCGACAUCAUGUCCAUACCUCGGAGAUCAUUUUUCGCCGGAUUGGUGCAUUUCGCUGGGGAAAGUACAGAAGAUGAGGCGUAUCAAAAGGAGCGUUUACUAGAGCUUGCCAAUCCAGAGCUGAUCGAUGAGCUGUGGGACUACACCACGCGACCGAAACGAACGAUAGUCGAAGCUAUGAUGGACUUUACCCUUAUCAAAAUCCCUUGGCAAUACGCGCUGACCGCGCUUCCUAUCAUGCGAGGCCGGCAGUUCAGUAUUGCUAGUGGUGGCGCAUUGAAGGCUGACGACAGUGGCCGCACAAGGGUACAGCUCUUGAUUGCCAUUGUCGACCCUCCCAGUCCGAUCAUUAAGUAUCGCAGGCGAUACGGCGUGUGCACGAGGUACAUCGCCACAUUGAAGGAGAAUCAGAAGAUCAGUAUUGGGCUCCAGGCAGGCUAUCUCGACGUCCGGCCUUCAGAACUUGAGGUUCCCGUGGUCAUGGUCGGGCCUGGUACCGGGCUGGCGCCAAUGCGUUCGAUGGUCCAUGAGCGACUGUUAUGGGCACAGGAAGCGCAAAGUGGAAAGGAUCCGACGUCUCUGACUGGUGAUAUUCUUUUCUUUGGUUGUCGCAACGAGAACAGCGACUACUUCUUCCGCGACGAAUGGCGGGCAUUCGCGGAAAACGAUGGACUUGCUGUUUGCACCGCCUUCUCUCGUGACCAGGACAAGCCGAGACAAUACGUCCAAGACCAGAUUCGAGCCAAUGGAAACAAGGUCUGCGAAGCUCUGUUACAGAAGCACGGCAAAGUCUAUGUCUGCGGAUCGUCUGGGAACAUGCCCAAAGGUGUUCGUCAAGCAUUGAUAGAUGCUUUUAUGGAACACGGCGCAAUGUCUGCAGAAGAAGCCGAGGCAUACCUGGAGAACAUGGAGAAGAGCGGCCGCUACAAGCAAGAGACGUGGUAG